GUCAAUCUUAAUCUUCCUAUUCUUCAUCUAAAUGAUUUGAUUCUCAUUAUUAUGAUUCAUCCCCUCUGGCCUACACCUUCUUCUAUUUAAAACCUUCUUCUCGGAUCCAUUUCUCCUCACCAAUCAACUCUCUUACAAAAAUUCGAUCAAACUCCCUCAAAAAUGGCGUUCAACCCCCAGGUCUCUCUCAUCAUUGCUCGUGCCUCUGUUUUCACGAACAAGGCGUGUGAAAAUCCUGAGGAUUACCCUCGCUAUCUCCGUUACUUUCGUCAUAGACGUCUGAUCCCAUCCUAUACCCUAGAGCCUGCCACUUUCUCCAGAUAUCAGCUGAGGGUGGACGAGCUCAUUCAAGCUCUUGGCUGGAUCUCUGUGAUGGAGCAGCAUCGCUUUACUUAUUGCCCCGAGGCAGUUCGUAUGUUCUAUGCAAGCCUUCGUAGAGACCACAAUCCUCGUCCAGCUUUCUUCUCCUCAACUGUGUAUGGUUUCAGCCAUACUGUCACCAUGGAGUUGUUAUCUCAGACCCUGCAGCUCUCCACUGAAGGAAGAUCACUCAUGAGUGAGCAUGAUUUUUAUCUUUAUCUAUUCAACCCGAAAGAUGCCAUCGCUCGACUUACCUCUGUCGAACCAAGUGACUCGAAUUCCACUCUGCUCUGUCAUCUCCCUGAUGAACUGAAAGUGCUACACUUCUAUAUUACCCGUAUCUUUCUCCCUCGCACUGUCCAUCAGUCUGUGGUCACGCCUCUGGAUCUCUGGAUCAUGUCUAACGCAGUGUCCAAUCGAAAGCUUAGCCUGCCUCAUCUCAUGUUCCAUCACAUGAUCACCUAUAGUGAUAUCAACAAUGCAGGAUAUCUCCCUUAUGGUCCUCAAAUCACUAGGUAUCUUCGCUGUCUAGGAGCUGAUCUCGAUGACAAAGUUCAACUUGUCAAUGUUUUGGACACUCUACGGGCUCAGCAUGUACUGCGACGAGUAGACGCUUCUGUUGGCGUUCGUAAACCUCGCAAUGACCAAGGGGGAGUAGCUGUGCGAAAAUCAAAAUCAAAGGACCAAGGAAAGAGGAAGCUGGGAGCUUGGAUUAAGGGGGAGACUUCUAAGUCGCAGGGAAAAGGCACCCAGAUCGAUUCUCGCCCAAAAACAGCAGGGAAAAGUAUCAAAAUCAGGGACAAGAUGCCAGAAAAUCCACCCCUGGAGCUUGAGGAACCAGAGGAAGAACCCGAAGAAGUUAUGGAGGACAACUUCUCUGAAGAAGCUAUCUCGGACUAUGAGUCCGAUCCGGAAUAUGACUUCUAGUUUCCUGCGUUUGAGUGUUGGAGAGGGCACGCUUCUCUUUUAGAAAUUUCUGCUGGGAUAAUGAUUGUGUUUGGCCUGAAUUUCGAACUCGUUUGAGUCUGGAUUGUGUUUGGUCUGAAUUUAUAAGUUUUGGUUAAUGAUGUUUAUUUAUGUUUUUCUCUGCUCAAUGUCCUGUCGAAGUAUUCUUGUGUUUGAUUUUGCAGAAGGUGGUCAUUGCUAAGCUGAGGGGGAGAAUGUUGAGAGCAGCUUUGCAAUAGUACUCAGCAAAAUCCACAAGAGCGAAAUCUAGAAACCAGCUCUCACCUCGUGGGAAUAUCCAAUAAACAACAGCUGGAAAG